AUGGCGCAGAAUGAACAUGUUUUUAAAGAUAUUGUUGGGAAUAUUGGUCUUAGCACCCAAGAUAAGUAUACUGAGUUCGUGAAUCUGAUUUCUAACUGUAUCGCCAAAGCAACUCCUCGAGCUCAAGGUAAUAGAGAGAGUGUAGACAAGAGAGGUAAGGAUAAAAGCUCUUCGUUUAUUACUUCAGUUGUGAAUUCGUCUCCAUGGUGGAAUGGGGAUUGUGAGAAAUUGAUUAGAAAUGUCAAUCAAUCGUACGUCUGGAAGAAGGUCAAAGCCUUCCAAAGUAGAUGGAAUAGUCCGGGUUCAGGUCAUGAGUAUAAAGAGAGUUCUAUGGAAAGAGUUAAGGAAGCCAUUGACCAAUUGUGUCCUUCGUGGUGUAGGGGAGCCUCUCCUGGUUUGGAAAAUUCUAAUGGAGAUCCUUCUUUGGACUUGAUUUUUUCGUUGGAAGAAUUGGACAUGGCUAUUAAAAACGUGAAAUUAAAAUCAAGUCCUGGUAUGGACGGUAUAGAUUAUGGGAUUCUUCAAAGGCUGUCGGUCUCAGUGAGGCAAUCCUUAUUGAUUUUAUUCAACGAAAUAUUUAGCUCGAGAUCUUUCCCGGUGGAAUGGAAAAAUUAUUCUGUUUUUUUCAUUCCCAAGGCUAAUAGUGACAAAUUUAGACCAAUUUUUAUGGCUUCCUGUAUGCUGAAGACUUUAGAAAGGAUGGUAAAUUAUAGACUGUGCUGGUGGGUGGAAGUUCACCAUAAGCUUGCUCCUUCACAGUUUGGAUUUAGAAGACAGCGCUCAACUUUGGACAACCUGUCUGUUUUGCAAGCAGAAGUUUUACAAGCUUUUGAUAGGGAGGAUUGUUUGGCGGCUAUUUUCCUUGAUAUUAAAGGAGCAUAUGAUAAUGUGCUGUCAGAAGUUUUGAUAGAGCGUUUUAAAAAGAAGAGAGAGGUUUGGAGAGGCCUAGCACAGGGCGGUAUUUUAAGCCCUAUUCUAUACGCAAUAUACACGGCACAACUUCAUAGUUGCCUGAGUCAGGAUUCUAAGGUUUUGGAAUAUGCAGAUGAUGUUGCACUGUACAGUGCGAAUAGAGACCCAAGAGCUAGUAUAAGGUCAUUGGAAGUGUCUUUGACAAAUGUGACAGAAGUUUUCAGUCAAAGUGGUUUGCAAUUAGCUCCAGAGAAGUGCAAACUUUGUGGUUUCAGCAAUGACAAGAAAGUAAGAAAUAAGGAUUGGUUUAUGUCGGUCAAUGGCAAGGUUAUUUCUGAUGUUAAGGCGGUAAAAUUUUUAGGCAUCAUCUUUGACUCUGGCCUCGAGUGGAUUCAGCAAAUUGAAGAAAUUAAAAAGAAAUGCGCUAAUCCGGCAGCUAUUAUAAAGUAUUUAAGAUCAGUUUGGUGGGGUGCGCAUCCCAAAGUAUUACUGAAUUUGUAUAGAGCGCUGGUCGGAUCGAGGAUAGAAUAUGGAGCUUUCCUUUUCUGCCCUUUAGAGCCGAAACUUAAAUUGGUGUUAGACCGUCUGCAAUUUAGUGUAGUUAAAAUUGUGAUGGGCUAUAGAAAAUCUACGCCAACAAAUUUACUGUUGGCUGAAGCUAAAGAAUUACCACUGGAUCUUCGUUUUAAAUACUUGGGUCUUAAUUAUAUUGCUCGCACGUUUUCAUUGGAACAUCAUCCACUGCCAAAGUUACUUGAGAUAUUAAAUGAGUCUAGAGAAAAUCCUGGAAGAAUUACUAAAACGGCGGAACCUUUGAUAAUCAGUUGUUUUAAAGAAGUCGUACCUAUUGGUCAUUUGUUAUUUCAGUCGGAUAAGCCAAGUUGUUAUAGUUUUCCGCUUGAGUCAGUGUUAAUAAGAGCUAAUGUGUCUUUUGAUGAAGGAUUGAAAAUUAAAAAUUCAUCUAACAAGAUGAAGACAUUUUUGGAGCUUUUUAAGGAAGUGAUUGAGCAAGCAGAAUGCUGGUUUACUGAUGGUUCUAAAAGCAAAGGUGAACUAUUUGUGGGUUUAGCCUCUUAUAGACCAAAAGACGAAAUUAAAGGAAGAUUCAGAACUAGUAAAUAUGCAUCCAUUUUCACAGCCGAAGCAAUGGCAAUUUGGCAGGUAUUGGUUAGCAUUAAAGAGAGCUCCAGUGAGUACUUUGCAAUUUUUUCGGAUUCAAUGAGUGUAUUGAAGGCUUUGGAGUCCAAAACUGAACCAUGGAAAAAAUCUACGAUAAUUUUCAGCAUCAAAAGUUUACUGUUAGAGCUUGCUUCUUCUAACAAACAAAUAAGUUUUUAUUGGAUACCUGCCCAUAAAGGUAUAGUCAAUAACGAAAUUGUAGAUGAAAUGGCUAAAGAUAGUGUAAUUAAUGGUAGAGAUUGUGUGCUGAGCAUUCCGAGUUCGGACUUGAAGGCUUCUUGGAAAGAGAAAAUUAGAUCAGAGUUUCAUAAUUGGUGUAAUGAGACUGGUAAAGUUACAGGGAUUAAUUAUUUCAACAAUUAUUAUAAAGAGAGUGCGUAUCCUCGGUUUCACGGUUACAGAUUCAGGAGAAAAUCUGUGGUAUCUAUAAAUAGGCUAAGAAGUGGUCACACUUCUCUCGCCACUAGUUUAAAUAGAUUUAAUAUUGUAUCAUGUCGUACCUGUAAAUGUGGAGAGUUUGAAGAAGAUGAAAACCAUAUUUUUUGGCAAUGCCAAAGAUUUAGUGUUACAAGAGAAUGUUUUAUUAAAGAUUUAGUUAAAGUUGAAUGUUUCCCACCGUAUAGUUUAGAAUAUUGUUUACAUUCAAUGAAACGUGGAGUAAUUGAAGCGAUUGCUAAGUUUAUAAAUUCUAUUGACAUUAGUAUUUAA